AUGGGUAAGGCGCUUCAGGACCUCCAAACCCACGUGCAGAGUGAGGGUGGGCGAGGGGGUCUGGAUGUGGAUGAUGGAAACGGGGUGUGGGCUGGGGAGAGGAUGCCAGAGGGGGAGCGAGGUGAGGCCCCAGGAGACCCUUUCCAUCAGGUCCUCAUCGCCGUGCGGGCGCUGUGUGGCCCGGGUCUGACCGCCCACCCCGAGGACAUCAGUGGCCUGGCCACGGAAACAGCUUCCUGCGGCAAAGAGGGGCGGACCUAG